GUUAGACAAGGCAAGGAUUUGUCUUAACCUGACACUGGCCUUGGGUCCUGAGGAUGGUCUAGCAGGAGCCAGCGUUAGCAGACAGAACAUAAUCCAUGUUCUUGACACCCUCGUAGAGAGACAAUUCCUUGUAUAAUUAAACUGUGAAAAUCGCCCUAAGGGACAGGGUAGAGGAAUGUAUAAAAGCGCAGCACAGAUGUUCCUGGACUUAUUCCUUCCCUCUGCUCGCUGGUUACCUUCAUCCUAGAGAAGCAUGAUGCUCUCCAAGAUUCUGGUGAUCUGUAUCUUGUGUGCUCUGGGUAUGGCUUUCUCCAGAGUGGACAGAGACCCAUACUGUGAAGAAGUCAUGAAUUCAUCUGUUGAAACUAAAGAACUACUAGAGAAACUCAUUGCCUUCCUCAAGUCACAAAUGAUUGCACCCCCACCAAUUGAGAGGGUGGUAGAACCUGUUCUACCAGAUGACACAGACAAUCAUUCAGUCACUGACUUUAACUGCCCUAAGGACUGUACAUCAGACCCAGAAGUGUGUGACAAAAGCAUACAGAUUUCUGUGUCUUCUCCUGAGGCUGAGAUAGUUCCCAACAGCUUCCUGGAAGAAGCCACUGAAAUCCCAGGCUCGAUCCCCUCCUUCCCUGACAGAGCAGUAAAGGUCUCAUUUGCUGUGACAAUCAUUGUAGUCUCCUCUACUUUCUGAGAAGACCCCAACUUUGAAACAAGCCCACUGGAUAUUGUGUAGGAAACAAUUGAACCUGAGAUGCUCCCAACAAAAAGGAAGAGUGAGCAAGGUGUGGUCCUGGAUGAUGCUUGAUGAGUCAGGCUUUCCUGAGCUCUGCCUUUACCUUAUGUAGACUUAAUAAAUAAAUGUCCAUGGCAA